AAAAUAGUCAGAAAUUAUGUCAUUUGUCAGAUACAAAGAAAAAUAUAAAAAUUUGAAGUGGAAUAUAAUCUUUACAUCGAAAAAAUUAAACAUAAGUAGUCAAGAAAAAGUGAUAACAAAAAAAUUAAAUUUUAAAAGAAAUUGAUCUGAAACAAUCUAUCUAAAAAAGUUAUUACAAGAUACACACAUACAUAUUUAUUACAGAAAAAUUCUAUUUGACAUAACCAGAGCCCGCAUCUAAUAAGAGAGACCGAAAAAAAAAUGAAAUUCAUCGUUAGAUAAUGAUAAAUAAGAAGAAAUGAAAGAUACGAAAGCUGUAUAUGUGACGACGUAUACGCUAGACGGAAAUCUUAAAAGUGCAGACGAAAUCGACAACAGAGAAGAGAAAACUGAGAUCGGAAGCUUAGAAGCAAGUAAUGAAAGCAGAAAGGACUUUGGAUGCCAGUACGAUAUAAACAACAUAUGCACAUGUAAAAGGAUCAAGAGGAGGGAUAUUAAAUAUUAUACAUCACGCCAAGUUUACAGAACACAGAGAUAUUUAAGUAAUAAAGAUUUCACUGACAUCGGUGUCGGGGAUGUCAAGACGCUGCCCAGGAAGAGAGUAAGGAGAAUAUAUCUGCCUUAUGCUGUUGACGCUGGGGUUGGAUCUUCAAUUUUUACUGCAAUACCUAAUAGAACUCAAAACUUCUGUGGCAGUUAUUAUGAUCAAAAGAAGACUUCGUCGAAGUGUGUCGGGGGCCUAAUGGAUAACACAGAUAUAUUGGCAAUAAGUGUAAAAUUAUCACCUAUUGUGCAAACAAAAUCUGGCUCAAACAGUCCUAAGAUUAUGAGCAUAGAAAACAUUAAUAAUGCUGGUACCUUAGCCAAUGAAUCCCUAAGUAACAAAAAGGAACAAUUGCAAGUAACGAGCAAUAAAUUAGAGAAAAAAGAACAAAUUAUUAACGCAGUGUCAGGUCUAACUUUUAAAAAUGCUGCAGAUAACAAUAAACCAAAAAACAUCUUAGAAUCGUCUGUGGAUGAUGGAAAAUCAAAAUCUGUUAAUAUUAGCAGCGACCGAAAAGAUUACUCAUCAGAUUCUCUAGUACAACACGUCCAUAACUUGGAAAACCCUAGCGACUACAAGCAAAGUAGAACUUCAAUCGAUUUUAUAGAGAACAAACUGGAAAGGGAAUAUAGAAAAAUAUUCUCCACCAAACCUAAAGAGCACAAGUCACAAGAAGAAAAGAUGGCUUCAGAUUUUAAAAGUACCUCAACACUACGAAGACGCUUCGAAGCGCUAAGGCGAGGAAUUAAUAAAAAGGAUGAACCUAAAACUGAUUUUGUCACAUUAAAGAUAUCCAGCCGAGUCAGUGUGCCGAGCAAGAAAGACGUUUCCAUCGUAUCCGAUCCACCUUCCCUAGAAGCGAGAUCAUACUCAAAUACGAAAAUAUUUAGUCCUCUACAAUCUAGAACGAGUACUAAAAAGAAGAAACUUCCUGUGCAAGCAUCACCAAGGAAAUCAUUUACAGGUAAAAGAUUGAUCAGCCCCAAUUGGUCCACUGACAACGUUGUUAGUGACCAGGGAGUAAAGGGCAUGUUUAAAUUAUGGGGGAAAAAAUUUAACUUAGAUGAAAAUAACACCGGUAGAGACUCACGCGAAAAUAUAAAGAAUAAAGUUGAAAUUGUCAAGGAAGAGGUAACAUCGAAAGAAAAGAAACAAGGAAAAAGAUUUUCGUUUUUUCGAAGAAAAAAUAAAGAAAAAUCCAAACAAGUUUACAAAUCUAAGAAAGGCGUGACAGCCGGGCGGUGCGAAGUGGAUGGUUUAAUGAUAAAGAUCGGUGCAGCAAACGAAUAUCCCCCAGAGCACCCGAACGGGAGGUAUCGUCGUAGACCGGUUGAAUUGGAAGGUAUCUUAAAAAAAUCGUGGAUGCAGAGAUACGUAGAUAGCAAUGUCGAUUCAAAACACAGCGCGCAGAUUAGAUGGAAUAAUAACAUGUACACGACCAGCAGCAGUACGGUUUUCGAAUUAAUAGAUUGUGUUUACAAAAAUACAGGACUCAUUUUUAAAUCCAAAAGCGAAAUGACCAUCGCGGAAUCAUCCUACUACCAGUCCUUUAUGAGUCCCCAAAUAAACUUCAUGCAACAAAGCAUCCAAGCCUGGAUGGUACCUCAUAUAACUCGAGACAAACAAAUAAUUGCUUUGAAUAAUAACAAAAAUGAUAAUAGGAAGAUACAAGUCACGUACUCAAAUCAAAAAUGGUUUAUAGAGAAGUCUCAAGCUUUUGGACGUAAUAUAGAAGUGGUUUUACACUCAAAGAACUUGAUGAAACAUGAAAAAGGGGACAGUUCUGAAUACAUCAUGAUUGAUAUACCUGAAGGCUAUUUCUCCGAUACGAGCAAUGACGAAAUAGAUACUCAGACUAGUGACGAACAAGUUUAUAACAUUGUAGAAUAUGAAACGGCUAAAUCCAAUUCCUAUGUAAAGAAAUAUAAAAAAGACAGCAAAAUGGACACAGGAGAUUAUGCGACUCGGGACAUUCACGUCACUGUAAGCGUUAAGGACAGUAAAAAUAACGAAUCAAAUAUAUUGGAAACAGUUAUAAAAAGGCCGCCAUUACAUAGGACGGUGGUCGUACAGGGUAGUAACGUGUAUGUCCCAAAACGGUGUGACGUCAUCGGAGUAGGAAUCAUAACACAGCGAGACAUGCGAGAUCUUAAAAAACCCAUCCUGAAAAUACAAGAUGAACUGACAGACGAUUCGGAGCACACCUUUCCUCCUCAAAAAAAGUGCGAGUUAGCAGAAAGUUACUUACAAGAUUAUUAUCGUAAUUGGACCCCGCUCGGAAUAGAUAUGUUUUCUUGGUGCGUAAGCGAUACUCAUUUGCGGGGCUCGUCAGAUUCAUGGAACAGUUUAAAUCAGGGCGACGGUUCGAAAUCUUGUCCAAACAUUUUCGAUGAUUACCAAGCAUCUACCAUUGUGUCUUCGUGCAAUACAUCUUCAUGUAGUCAUUGUCUAAAUUUAGAAAUGGAAAAAAAUACAGAGUGUCACAAAAGGAGCAGGCAAAUUUUUAAUUUUAAGAAAAAAAAGUUAGAUUUUCCAGACAUUCUUCCAGAUGGAAAACGGGUGCUACCAAAAGACUCAUUGGAAGUGUUCAAACGACGAAAACUUUAUGCACUAAGUAAUAGGGCCAUUUGGAAGACCAUGGAUACAGGUUCUGCACCCAAUUGCGUACCAAGCAAUGAAGAUAGAGAAUGUCAGAAUUCUUCAAACGAAUGUUUUCCAACCGUAUGCAAGACUGACAAGAAACCAAAAAAAGAGUGUAAGAAACAUGUAUCGAUGCCAAGCUGCGAUGUUUUAAACGAGUUAUUAAACGAACAGCUGUCGAAAAAAUGUGCUGACGGAAUUCUAGCGUUUAAGGGCGCAGCAUGUGAUGGUUGCAAAAAGAGUGACGGUCUACCAAAACACGCUAGAGUUAUUCCAGCACCAACUUGUACAAUGCCUCAUCACCCUGAUGAAGAUCUUUGUAAGAAAAAGCACAAACCAACUUGCUUUAAGAGCCCAAUACCUUGUAUCACACCUAAGACACCGCCAUGUACUGUAACGCCGCCAUCACCACGUCCUUGUCUGCCACCCUCACCACCAUGUGUAAAGAUGCCACCGUGUCCAUCUCCACCUGUAGUUAAAGUACCACCUUGUGCAAUUUCGAAACAAACGUCACCUAUAACCCCGCCUUGCAGUUACCCCAAAGUUACGCCCCCAAAUAUACAUUCUCCACCACGAAUGGAAUCAACACAGAGGCCCUGUUCUUGUUCACCCAAGGCACAGGAAUCACAAUGUAAUUCUCCGACUUGUCUAAUAAGGAAAUGGUCACAAAGUUCUUCUAUCUGUCCGCCCGAGCCACCAUGUCAAGUUACUUCACCGUGUAAAGUUUCAACCCCACCCUGUCCUUCUUCUCCGCCACCUUGUAAGAUUCUUCAGAGCUGCUGUUCCUCUCAAUCCCUUUGUAAUAAACAACAUCAUUCUACCAGGAAACGUUCGACGUCAUGUCAAUCCACGUCUCCUAUACUUAAAUAUAGAAAAUGUCCAAGUCAAGAAUUUCCUUGGCCAAUAAAGAACCAAUUGUCCAACACACCAUCUCGAGAAUCCAGAUUAAGCGGCAAGAGUUCAAAUUCCUGUACGAACAUCAAUCCACCCAGCUGUCCAGCAAAAGAAACAAGACAAAAAUGUCCAGCAGCGCCAAAAGAAUGUCCCUCACCUCCACCUCCAAAGCAAUGUCGACCAAAAAUACCUGGCCUUCAUCUGAAAAAGUUACCAAUACCGAAGUGUCCGUCAAAGGAUUGUUAUGAAGGUGGUGUAAUACGAUUAAGUUCCCGUGAAAACAUUACCGUGAGGUUGAAACGCCCAACUGACAGUACCGAGGAAAUAAGGGGCGCUUGUAACAUAAAGGUUCAAGACGAAGAUGGACGGACAAUGUACGAAAGACGAAACUAUCAUCGCGAUAGCAGAAUUAAUGUAGUAAAAGACUUGUACAGAGAUUCCACUAUACAUAGAGUUACGACAGAAAGUACCGAUAUACCAGUUCAAAAUUCAUUAGAAGAGAAAAUAUGCAACAGUGUGCCGAACAUCAUUGAAAUAAACUUGAAUUUAAAAUUCAAACAAGGCGAUAAGAAAAAGGACCAGUCCGAAAAUUGUAGCGUCACUCGGAAAGAUUUGGAUCAAAUAUCUGACAUACAACAUGAAGGUUCUAAGGACGUGUAUCUUAUACAAGAUCAACAGAAAGCAGUCAAAGGCAAAUCUGGGAAAAAAGAUCUGGAUAUAAAAAUUAUAAUAAAGAACUUUAAACCGGAAACAAUUAAAACGAAUCAAACCGAUAACACUUGCGUCAAAAUAGACGCUGACGAAUUUUCAAAGAAUAUUACGAAAAAAUUCCAAACGGUAUCAACCGGUUACAGCGACGUGUUCGAACAUAAAGCAUUUUCUAUACACAGGACAACAAUAAAUUUAACAGAAUCCGCAGAGUGUAAAAUACAAAACAAAACUUGCGAAGCAUUACCAGCGAAAGAAUUAGUAGAGAAUAGAUCCACGAAAGAGAUGGAAUCUGAUGUGGUCUUAACAAAAUCGACACAAUCGACAACUAUAAACACUGUAAGUUCAUUGGAAAAAGUCACUGAAAGCGUAAACAUUAAUGACGAUAAGACAUACAGAACUAAUGAUGAAAAGUUUGACACCGGCUCAACAAUUAGCGCGAAUGAAUUUGCUAGCUCAGGUGUAAAACCAAAAUCAACCGACAGUGUACCCAAAAUACACGACAAGGAUAAAAAAAAGGCCGUUUUGAAAGCAAUCUUCGAAAACUCUGACAAAAUAAAGAAGAAACCUAAUAAGAGUAAGAUGGCAGACAUAAAGAAAAUGUUGCGAGCAGUUCUAACAUCAGAUAGUAGCGCUCACGAGGAUAUAGCAGUGAACAACGAACUGGCCAAUGAGCUUACAUACGCUUCUCUAAAACCCGAUUAUUUUAAGAAUUCUGAGAGUUUGACAAAUUAUUACCUUUACGACAGCUCCACGUCCUUAAACAAGAACAGUCAUUCUGACGUCGAAGAAGCUGUGUAUCCUUCAAGUGAUAACACCGAAUGCACCGACGACUCGCCUACCACCGGUGCAUGUCUCUGUAGUCAUUUUGCAGCUAAAUUAAACAUCCCUGAAAAGAAUUGCUGUUGCUGUCGACCGGACAAGGUGGACCAGGAAAUCUUUUGUAACCUCAUAGAAGACAACUAUUAUAAAUACAAACCUGAACAUGUAGACGUACAUACCCAAGAUUCGAAAUAUUUGAACGAAGAUACGAAAUCAAAUUACGCUAAUAAUGAAGAUUACGUCUACGAAGACAAAAUAAAUACAACAAAGCUCAGAAGGUCUAUAACAGACGGGCAUUAGGUGUACAUCCACGUGGGAUAAAGACCUCGCAUAUGAAACGAGUCCACAGAGCAACAGUCCUCGGCAUAUCGGACGACGACAAAAUCAUCGUUCUGAAUUCAAACAGCGAAAGCUUUAUAAAAAAAUCUAAAAGAAUCAAAGCCGAAGAUAUUCUACAAUCGCAGGAAACCAAAAAGGCAGUUUUGGAGAUUUACGCCGAGAAGACGAUAUCAAAUGAGCGUAUCGUGGCUAAGUUACCAAAGUUUGUGUACAACAAGGAGAGCGAGAUAUGUCACUACCACGAGAUCGUCUCUGGCCGUGGCCGGUCCACUAUCAGCAAGCGGGACGUGGUCGUAAUGUCCUUCAUUUAACUAUUUAUAUAUAUUCGUUAACGUGUUGUCUUUAUAUACAAAUAAAUUUUACACGUCGGA